AUGGAACUACAGGUGCUCUAUCCAAGACUACCCCUCAAAGAUGGAGAUAUUCGCCUUCUCACUAUUCUCCCCGACGAAUGGGCGGCUGAUAUCCACUGCAAGAUCGGCGUGGUCUCCCUCAACGAUACUCCAGAGUAUGUGGCUCUCUCAUACGUCUGGGGAGGAACUUUUCAAGAUGGCACCUUGUAUAUCAACGGCUAUGAGCAACGUAUCGGACGUAGCUUAGAGACUGCCCUUCGCUACUAUCGCCGAGCUGGAUGGAGCUUGCAGCUCUGGGCCGAUGCUGUCUGCAUUAAUCAGGCAGAUGUAACGGAACGCUCUUCGCAAGUAUCAAUCAUGGAUCGUAUCUACUCGUCUGCCGCCGCAGUGUUUGUCGUUCUCGGAGCUGGCAUUGAUUUGGCCGCCGACAAUUAUUUCGACAAAGUGAAAGAGUUGCACAAAUUUCGCUUCCGUGUCUACGGCCAGAAGUAUUUUGAAGCAGUUUCGCCCCCUGUAUGGGACGAAAGUAACUCUUCAAGGUCGCUUGAUGAUGAUAAGAAGAGUUCGAUUCUUUUUUCUUUCCUAGAAAGAGCUGUCGACUUUAAGAUCAAUGAACAUCUGAGCACUGUACCGCAAUGGGGAGGGACGUUUGAAGGAUCAGAAGAGUCGCAAUAUCCCUGGCAGACACUGAUUCAAACGUUUGAAGAAUUUACUCGGGAAUCAUGGUGGGAUCGCGUGUGGACCCUACAAGAGAGCGUGGCAGCCCGCACUAUGCGUGCUCACAUAACGGACUGCUGUACCUCAUAUCUAACCAACGAUGCUCCACCAAGAUACGCCUCUGCGGUGAAGCUUCUACUUGCUCACGUUGACAACAUCGAGAAGACACGGCAAAUAUACGCAAAGCUCCGCCAUGGAAUCAAAACUGAUCAGCUUGUUUUGACAUCGCUGUUCCCAAAAAAGGAUUUUGAGGGAUCAGUAGCAGUUGAGAUUGUCGGGAACCUUGAUUCAUACCUCCUCUACAGAUAUCUCUGCAUGCAUAAUAGACGAGAUGCCACCGAUGCUCGGGACAAAGUCUAUGCUCUUCUGUCUCUUAUAAAACUUGACAACAAACCCUCUUUCAUUUAUCCCGACUAUGCUAAGGGACUGGAAGACGUUUACAUCACUACAGCAAGGAUGCUUAUUCAAGAAUCUGGCUCACUUGACAUCUUGUCUGCGGCUGGUCGGCUGCGGAACGACAAAUUCUUUUCAUGGGUGCCAGAUUGGUCUAUCAGGAAUGAGUUUAAUGAAGAUGAAACUCAGAUAAAUGCCUUGUUGAUGUACGAUGCUGCUUUGGGAACAAAAGCCUCGGUCAAGUUUCCAGAGAACAACAACACUCUACUCGAGGUGGAAGGCAUCAUCCUAGACGACGUCGCAGUUCUUGGUGAUACGGUCUCGGACGGGUCUACUGAUGAGGAGAUGUGGCGAAUCAUCUUCCACUGGAUGCAACUUGCCCAUAGUCAUUCUCCAAACACGAAAUGGGUGGACUUUUGCAGGACUGUCUGCACCGAUUUGAGCAUAUGGCCCGGGGACCAGGUUUUCCGUCGCAUGGGUCCUCUGACUAAAGAAAUGAUACAAUCUCUGAUGCCGUGGCGAGACCCAACCUCUGGGAGAUUUACCAAAGAAGUUCCUCCGGAGGAUCUUAUACAAUCAUCAGUGGAACAAAUGAAGACUUGGUUUUCGGUUUGGCAUACUCUUAUGGGAUGGCAGGCGCAGCGAGGCAUGAGAUCUGCAGCGCCAUCCCCGACGUUGACUGACUCUCUAAAAAUCACCACCUCUCUCAAGAGAUUUGUAGUUUCAUCGAAAGGAUAUAUUGGGCUUGUCCCGUGUAAUUCGGAAAAGGGUGAUGAAAUGGUCUUCUUCAAGGGGUGCCGUUUCCCGUGUAUAGCGCGGCUGGUUCCCGGGUCAGGUAUGAAGAUGAAACAGCUCAAGGUGGUUGGGCCGUGUUAUAUUGAUGGUUUCAUGGAUGGACAGAUUGUUGCUCACGCGAUAAAACACGAAAGUGAUGAAAAAGGUAAUUGGGACAUCAUGAUUGUAUGCUAA